AUGGUCUUCCAGGCCCUAUCGCCAUCCUUUUGGGGUCCACUGUCUGAUCUAUGGGGUCGCCGACCUAUCUACCUUGCAACCCUUACGAUCUUUAUUGCUUUCUGCGCAGGUCUGGCAGUGGCACCAACUUUUCCGGCGUUACUUGCUCUGCGAAUGUUUCAAGCUUUCGGCGCAAGCUCAGGCAUUGCAUUAGGUGCUGGCGUGAUUGGCGAUAUUACAACUCCUGCAGAUAUUUUUACUUCUUGUGCGAUGUCGUCUACAGCAAUAGGUCCCGUGAUUGGCGGUGUUAUUGCCCAGAAACUCUCAUGGAGGUGGAUUUUCUGGGUAUUGUUGGUUAUGGGCGCAAUAGGGUUAUUCACCGUACUCUUCUUUUUACCUGAAACUCUGCGCUCGCUCGUUGGCAAUGGGUCAAUUUACGCCAAUCCUACACCCUCGCAGUGGCUGAAAAGAAGAUUGUCUAAAGAUCCAUCACUAUUAGAAUCGAGCGCAACCAAGUCUCAACGCUCCCACAGAAUACCCAACUUUCUGGAUGCUUAUCUAGUCUUGCGCCAUCCAGACGUCAUCCUGAUAAUGACUAUCAACGGUUGCUACAUGGCUAUUCUCUUCACAAUCUUGACAUCGACCUCUACCCACUUUUCCAUUAUUUAUGGUCUAGAUACCUUACAAAUUGGGUUAUGCUAUAUUCCUUACGGAGUUGGUAGUGUAUGUGGAUCUUUUAUGAUGGGACGGAUGCUCGAUCGCGAUUUUAGGAUCACAGCUUAUAAACAUGGAAUGUCUCCGGAAGAGGUGAAAAGAUCGGGGAAACUGUCUACAGAUUUCCCAAUAUAUCGCGCCCGGCUAAGGACCACGUGGAUACAAAUGACUAUUUGUCAAUUGGUGAUUAUUGCCUAUGGCUGGACUCUCUAUGUUGAAGCCCACCUUGCCGUUCCUCUGAUUCUGCAAUUUAUCAUUGGUCUAAGCGUGGCGUCGGUAAUGAAUGCAUGUCAAGCAUUGGUGAUCGAUUUAUUUCCUGGUAAAGGCGCGUCAAUCACAGCCACUAGCAAUAUUGUGAGAAGCUUGCUUGGUGCUGUGGCUACUGCAACCAUUGAGGUCGGCAUUCAAUCUGUAGGCUUGGGAUGGAUGUUUACCAUCAUAGGAUUGAUCUUGGUCACCAACACCGCUUUUAUCCCUAUUCUAAUCAAACAUGGCCCAAAGUGGUGGCGAAAACGACGGGAGCAGCAGGAUAAAAAAAGAUAG